GCGAGAUCGCUGAAGGCUUUCGGGCGCUGCGCGAGUGCAUCGAGCGGAGCGGCAAGCGAAGCGCAACAGCAAAGCCUGCGACAUUCUGCGCCGUUUCUAAGAGGUUCAACAAGAACUACGUACACCGGUUUACUGCAUCCAAGUCGUUCUUCAUCUUCUCGCCGUGGAACCCACUGCGACGAACCUGCAUAUACGUCUCCACAAACCAGUUCUUCGACUACUUGGUCAUGUUCACCAUCAUCAGCAACUGUGUGUUCCUGGCGAUGACGAAACCCCCUGAGGAGGCCGAGUACAUAUUUCUGGCCAUCUACUCGUUGGAAGCGCUGAUCAAGUCGAUCGCUAAGGGCUUCAUCCUGAACAAGUACACGUACCUGCGCAGCCCAUGGAACUGGCUGGACUUCAUCGUGAUCGUCCUCGGCUACGUCACGAUCUUCGUCAACCUGGGGAACCUGGCCGGUCUGCGCACGUUUCGCGUCCUACGGGCGCUCAAGACCGUCUCCAUCAUGCCGGGGCUGCGAACCAUCAUCAACGCGCUGCUGAACUCGCUGACCCAGCUGGUGGAGGUGAUGUCGCUCACGCUCUUCUGCCUGAUGGUGUUCGCCCUGUUCGCGCUGCAGGUCUUCAUGGGCGUCUUGCGCAACAAAUGCGUGCUCUCUGCCGAGACGGAGACCCAAUGGCAACUGCACACGAACGACAGCUCAUUCUGGGCGAAGGACAACCACACGGAGGACUUUAUGAUCUGCGGGAAUGGCUCCGGGGCGCGGCAAUGUCCGGAUGGCUACAGCUGCCUGCCAGGGAUAGGGGAAAACCCGAAUUUCGGCUACACGAACUUCGACAACUUCCUUUGGUCCAUGCUGACUACCUUCCAGCUGAUCACACUGGACUUCUGGGAGGACGUCUACAACAAGAUAAUCGCUGCGAUGGGUCCCUGGAGCAUCCUGUUCUUCGGCCUGGUGGUCUUCUUCGGCUCCUUUUAUCUCAUCAACCUGAUGUUGGCUGUCGUCGCCAUGAGCUACGAGGAGGAGGCGGAGAACACGGAGGAGGAGAAAACCAAGGACCUGGCCGAUCACAGAGAUGACUCAACCUUCAGCUUCGACCCCUCCAACCUGAAAUUACACCGUCUGGACAAGGACAGCAAGUUCCCGACGAUACGACUGAAAAACCGGACUCUGUUUGCCUCGUACACGUACAACAAGAAGAAGAAGAAGAAAAAGGCCAAGAAGCGGGCGGGCGACAGCGCCACGCGUGAGGACGACAGCUACGUCUCGAACGAGGGCCGCUCCAGCGUACCGCCUCCGAGCGAGAGGCGCGCGAGCGAGGACCAGGAGGAGCGCGAGGCGAGCGAGCCGCGGCCGCGCGCCACGCUCGUCGCGGAGCUGCUGAGCGUCGAGCCGGCGACUCCGCAGCGGCGGCCGUCCUCCACGGGCUUCGACAGCGCGCGCUCGCCGGGCGGCGUGGCGACCGUGGAGGUACCGUGCGACGAGUCCGAGCUGAACGUGCGCGCGCUGCCGCCGGCGGCCGGCCAGCAGCAGCCGCAGCACCCGCUGCGCUCCUCCUGCGAGCAGCUGGACGCGUCGGACGAGACGCGCGUGCAGAUGUUCCCCGGCGGCGAGUCGGACGAGUACUACGUGCACAUCACGACCGGGCAGCAGGCGCUGCGCACCGCCAUGUUCGCCACCAGCGUCGAGUCGCAGGGCAUCGGCGAGAUGCGCGGCAACAGCGACUCGAGCACCAGCGAGCAGCGCUCCGUCUGCGACAUCCGGCGCAGCGGGAUGCGGGACUGCUCGCUCGACGAUUCGGGCGUGGUGGGCGACCACGAGACCAUGUCCGACCGCGGCAAGAAUCUCUUGGUGCGGACUGAGGACAUCACGCCGCUGGCCAAGGCUCUGGACCUCGAGGUGACGCUCUCUGACAAGUGCAACGGCAUCAGCCCCAAGCACCGCAGCCCGUCGCCCUCCUAUAUCUCGCACGUGGUCGAACUGCACGAUGAGACACCUGACCGCAACUGCGACUGCUGCGUCUCCUGCUGCUUCUGCUACGGCCCGUGGCUGCGCUGGCAGAACCGGAUGCACCAGCUGGUCACCGACCCCUGCUUCGACGUCUUCAUCACGCUCUGUAUCAUCCUCAACACCGCCUUCCUGGCCAUGGAGCACUACGGCAUGUCCAUCGAGAUGAAGGAGACGCUGGAGAUCGGAAACAGGGUGUUCACGUCUAUAUUCACACUGGAGUGUCUACUGAAGGUGGUGGCCAUCAGCAAACAGUUCUUUCGAUCCGGGUGGAACAUCUUUGACUUGAUAGUAGUGGUGGCUAGCCUGGUGGAGUUGUCGCUGCAGAACAUCAACGGUCUCUCAGUCCUACGAGUCCUCCGACUGCUGCGGGUGCUGAAGCUGGCGCAGUCCUGGACGACCAUGCGGGUCCUGCUGAGCAUCAUCAUCUCGUCCCUGGGCGCACUCGGCAACCUGACGUUCGUGCUCGUCAUCGUCAUUUACAUCUUCGCCGUCAUCGGCAUGCAGCUAUUCUCCACCAGCUACACAGCCAGCGUGUUCGGGCCUGACCCGGUGCCGAGAUGGAACUUUGAUGACUUUUUCCACUCGUUUAUGAUGAUAUUCCGGAUCCUGUGCGGCGAGUGGAUUGAGCCGCUGUGGGAUUGCAUGAGGGCGAAGGGAGACGAGUCGGAGAUGUGCCUUGCAGUCUUCCUCCCGGCACUGGUAAUGGGCAACUUUCUGGUCCUCAACCUGUUCCUGGCUCUGCUGCUCAACAGCUUUAACUGCGAGGAGCUGAGGAGCAGAAAAGAGGAGGAUGAGGAGGCCAAGGGCAAGUCGAAGCUAGUGCAGAGUGUGCAGCGGCUCAAGGGCUACAUCCGCAGCCGCGGCGACAGGCGCGACGAGGCCGUGCGCGCCUUCCAGGAGCCGCUGCCCGUCUCGUUCUCGGUGCCCGAGAUCCGGCGCACGCUCGACGAGACGGACCUGCUCUCGGACAGCUCCGACCCGCUGCAGGCCGGCUACAAGCAGAUGGCGGCAGAGCCCUUCUCCUCACCGUCGUCAUCGCCGCUCUCAGAGGCGGGCCCGCCGGGCGCGCGACUCGCGCCGCCCACGCAGCCCGGCGUCUACAAGAGCCCGUCGACCGUCUCCAACUGGUCGACGCUGGCCAUGUAUGUGGAGAGCCUGCGUGGCCGCGACCCGACCGAGGUGCGCGCCGAGCCGCCGGCCGAGGGCCAGGAGGCCGAGCAGGAGCGCCGCGUGCCACACGACUGUCUGCCGACCUCCUGCUAUAACGAAUUCCCCUGCUGUGACGCGCUCUCGCGGACACCGUGGUUCCGGACGUGGUUCCGGUUUCGGACCCUGGUGAUGCGCUUCGUGGACAACUCGUACUUUGAGUGGGUAGUGUUAGUGAUGAUCAUAGCGUCCAGCAUUGCGCUGUGCUUUGAGGACAAGUAUCUGUAUCAGAAGCCGCAGCUCAAGUACUACCUGCGCUGGGCAAACCUGGUGUUUGCGUCUCUCUUUACCGUGGAAAUGGUUCUGAAGUGGAUCGCCUUCGGCCUGAAGAAAUACUACACCAACGCGUGGACCAUACUGGACUUCAUCAUAGUCGUGGCGUCCAUCUUCAGCCUUGCCAUAGAGGAGAACGAGACCCUGGUCGCGCUGCGUUCGCUGCGAACUCUGCGCGCCCUCCGACCGCUCCGGGCUAUCUCUAGGUGGCAAGGAAUGAAGAUUGUAGUGAACGCGCUCAUGUUCGCCAUCCCCUCCAUCUUCAACGUACUGUUGGUGUGUCUGGUCUUCUGGCUGAUAUUCUCCAUCAUGGGAGUGCAGUUCUUUAGCGGACAGUUCUACAAAUGCGUGGAUGCCGAGGGCGCCAUACUCCCUAUUCAGGUGGUCAACGAUCGCAACGACUGCUUCCACCUCAACUACACCUGGAUCAACUCCAAGAUAUCCUUCGACCACGUGGGAAUCGCCUAUCUUGCCCUGUUCCAAGUCGCCACAUUCGAGGGCUGGAUGGAGGUGAUGGCGGACGCCGUUGACGCUAGAGGGGUGGAGCUGCAGCCAGCUCGAGAGGCCAACAUCUACGCCUACAUCUACUUCGUCGUCUUCAUAGUCUGCGGAAGCUUCUUCACGCUCAAUCUCUUCAUUGGUGUCAUCAUCGACAACUUCAAUAUGCUGAAGAAAAAGUACGAAGGUGGUGUCCUCGAGAUGUUCUUGACGGACAGCCAGAAGAACUACUACACUGCUCUGAAGAAGUUGGGCCGAAAGAAGCCGCAGAAGGUGAUAAGGAGACCUCUGAAUCACUACCACGCUCUCUUCUAUGACAUUGCUGUCUCUCGAAGGUUCGAGAUAGCCAUAUUCGUGAUGAUCUUCCUGAACAUGGUCAUCAUGGGCAUAGAGCACUAUGGACAGCCUUCUUCAGUGGCCUCCGUUCUGGAGCUGUUCAACAUCCUCUUCACUACCAUCUUCUCACUGGAGGCGCUGGUGAAGAUCAUCGGGCUGCGUCUGCAUUACUUCACAGUACCCUGGAAUCUUUUCGACUUUAUCCUGGUCGGACUUUCGAUAUUCAGCCUCGUCAUAGAAGCGGAACACUUAAACACAGAGUUCCCCAUCCCACCCACUCUGUUGCGCGUGGUGCGCGUCUUCAGGAUAGGUCGGAUCCUGCGGCUAAUCAAGGCGGCCAAGGGCAUCAGGAAGCUGCUGUUCGCUCUCAUCGUCUCGCUGCCUGCUCUCUUCAACAUCGGCGCCCUGCUGUUCCUAGUGAUGUUCAUUUACGCCAUCAUCGGCAUCGCGCUGUUCGCCAACGUCAAGCACAGCGGCGUCAUCGACGACAUCAUGAACUUCGAGACAUUCGGCAACAGCAUGAUUCUUCUGUUCAGGUUGAUCACCUCUGCCGGCUGGAACGACGUGCUGGACCCGCUGAUGGCGCAGCCCCCGGACUGCGAUCCGGACCUGCGGGCUGAGAACGGCGACUACUUGCCGUACGGCAACUGCGGCCAGCCGCUCUUCGCCAUCAUCUACUUCGUCACCUUCAUCGUCAUCAACUUCAUGAUCGUGAUCAACAUGUACAUCGCCGUGAUCUUGGAGAACUUCAACCAAGCCCACCAGGAAGAGGAGAUCGGCAUCGUUGAGGAGGACCUCGAGAUGUUCUACGUGCGCUGGGCCAAAUACGAUCCACACGCGACCCAGUUCAUCAAUUUCUCGCAGCUGUCCGACUUUAUCGCCUCGCUGGAUCCGCCACUGGGCAUUCCCAAGCCCAACACAGUGGCGCUGGUCAGCUUCAACCUGCCCAUAGCCAAGGGCGACAAGAUCCAUUGCCUGGACAUCCUGCACGCGCUCACCAAGCAUGUGCUCGGCCACGUGGAAGAAACGGAGGAGUUCCAUAAGCUACAAGAACAAAUGAACGAGAAGUUCAAAAAGCAGUUCCCGACGCGGAAGGAGCUGGAGAUCGUGUCGUCGACGAGACAGUGGAAGCAGAUGGACCUGGCAGCCCGCAUCAUCCAGCGCGCGCUCAAGACCUUCUGUCGGCGGAAGCGCGAGCGUGAACGUCUGGCGCUGACGCUGGGCGACUCGCAGACGCAGACAAGCCCCGGCCGCUCGCCCACCACGCCCAUGUUCCUGCAGCGCGUCGCCUCGUACCUGCACGUGCCGAGCCUGGUGGCCGGCGGCCGGCGCUCGCGCACCGGCAGCGUGGCGUCCGGCUCGGGCUCGCGCCCCGGCUCGCGCUGCAGCGGCGACUCGGCCGACUCGUCGCGCCGUUCCAGCUACCACCUGGGCGAGUCGUUCAGCCGCAUCGGCGUGCUGAGUGCCGGCCUGCCCGGGCUCGGCAUCGUCGGCUUCGACUCUCUGGAGCGCCGCGACAGCGGGCGACGGCGAGGCGCCGACGCACUCGGCUCGAUGGGGCGCAUCGUCGAGCUGCCGCCGCCGCAGGUGCAGAUCCACGGCGCCGACGAGGAGGCCGGCAGCUGAUCGUGAUACGUCGGGCGCAUCUUUCAUACGGGCCGAGGCGGCUGGCGUGCCGAUGUCGUUGUUAAUUUUGUCGGAUUUUGUAAUAAAUGCGAAAUAUGAUACAAAUAUUUCUAGUACGGCACUGGGUCGAUAUCUGGACUGUACUCCACUGUAGUUUUCUCAGAUUCUCUUUGUGCGUAUGCUUGCAUUCGUCACUGCAGUAUUUUAAUCUUGUGUACAGUCAUGUUACUGCUUGUUACUCAGUACGUGAUUUUAUAUCAAAACUGUUCGUAGGACAGGACUUUACCAACUAUAUAUCAUGCUGUUAACCUGCAACUAGCACUAUAGCAGAGACCUUCAGUAUAGAUCAAGGGUGGGUGCACCCGAGUCACCGGAUAUUCUUGGUAUAUUCGCUGUGUAACCGUUCGCGUGUUAUGCUGGAGUAUCGCCGUCUGGAUUGUGGAUGGGGCACCGGACCAGGCUCAGACGUGCCAAAGACUCAACAGGCGUUUGUAAUGUUACAUACCUAUAGCAGUAGUGCCUCGGCCCCGGCCCCGUGCCGGCGCCGCACCUCUGCGGGACGGCGGCCGGCGGCACGGCCCGGGCCGCCGCCGGCCCCGCUCUCGGUUAGCUCGCUCCUCUCUGCUCCUCCGGUGUGCGCCACAGUUCUGCGCCGUCUCCUCGCCGGCCGCCGGGCCGCCCCCAGUCACGUCUCCGGCACGCCCGCCCUGGACUGCCCCCGCCCCCCGUGACCUCCCCCUCGCUCAUGACGGUCCAGGUCUCUUUCACCACCGCGGUGUUGGCAGUGCGCCGGCUCGCUGCCGCCGCCGCUGCUGCAGAUCACAGGGCUACAUGCAUUGCAACGAUUUUACACCCACGUCUGAGCAGUAGCAGUUAUUUGUUGGAUUUCAUUGUCGAAAGCGCUAUUAUGGACACUGAUGAAAUAAAGAUAUGUUCAACGAU